GUGUGUCUGUCAUCAUCAGCAUGGCGAGCUCCAGUGGGGUAGUGACGGAGGGGGACUUCGUGAGAAAUGCUGAAUAUACAUCGAAAUCCACCGGGCAGAGCGAGACAGAUAUUGACAAACGCCUUGGUGGCUGUCUGAUGGCAGUGGGGCUGGGAGUUGCCGCGGCAGGGUUUGCAGGUCGAUAUGCAUUCCACUUAUGGAGGCCUCUGAGUCAGGUGAUCACAGAAGCUGCUAAGAAGUUACCCUCCACGUCAUUUUCUGCGUAUUACAAAGGUGGAUUUGAGCAGAAGAUGACCAGACGGGAAGCCAGCCUUGUUCUCGGGAUCAGUCCGACCAGCAGCAAGGCAAAGGUACGGGAAGCCCACAGAAGGAUCAUGGUCCUAAAUCAUCCAGAUAAAGGUGGAUCCCCGUAUUUGGCAGCAAAGAUCAAUGAAGCAAAAGAUCUUCUUGACUCUGGCCCUCGGCACUGACCCAGCUGCCUGCGCUUCCCCAACAGAGAGUUACAUCUACUUCAGAGCCGCCAACUCACCCAUGAGCCUCCACAAGUCAUUGUUCUCCUCCGUGUUUUUCUGCCAUAAAUCAGCUGACUCUCAGCAUACUGCGUUCUGUUCUAUCUGUCACUGUUCCCCACCACCACUUUAAUGCAAGUCGGCAAAGGUUGAUCCUUCAUGUUAAAGGAUCUUCACGCUGUCCAUGUGAAUAUCUCGCAGUAAUCUCUAUUAUUUAUUGAGGUGACUUGUGUAAUGUUUAAUGUCUGCUGAAAAAUGGUGGAUGUAUCUUUUCCACUGGUCUAAAAAGCCUAAAGUUUUUCUCCUAACCCGUAGGGACCAGACUAUGUAGAUGUGAAGUUAUCUUAGCAUGCUGAAUAAACUGUUUUACAAAUCUG